AUGGUGUUGGGCAUCAAACGUCUCAAACAAAUCGAGACAUUGUUCCUGUCGCGUCGUCUACAAGGACCUCGCACUCAUGGACUCAGUGUGGAGACGCUGGUGGAUAUGCUCUUGGUGUUGUAUGACGAGUGCUGCAAUAGCAGUCUCAGAAGAGAAAAGGCUGUAGCUGAUUUUAUACAAUACGUUAAACCAGUAGCAACAGCCCUAAAGCGCCUUCGUCUGGCUCGCGAUGAUUUCGAACUGGUCAAGGUCAUUGGACGAGGAGCCUUCGGAGAAGUCUGCGUCGUUAGAGCCUCCUUUAUGCAGGGUGGCGAUGUCGGAGCAAAUAUGGUGGCAGCGAGCGCUGGAUCCGUGGCGACAACUACCGGGGAAAGAGUCUACGCUAUGAAGAUACUUAACAAAUGGGAGAUGCUCAAGCGCGCAGAGACGGCAUGUUUUCAAGAGGAGCGCGACGUUCUCGUCUUUGGAGAUAGGAGGUGGAUCACAAACUUACACUACGCCUUCCAGGAUGAACACAAUUUAUAUCUGGUAAUGGAUUACUACUGCGGUGGUGAUCUGUUAACGCUCCUAUCGAAGUUUGAAGAUCGUCUACCUGAAGAUAUGGCAAAAUUCUACAUAGCCGAGAUGGUGUUAGCUAUACAGAGCGUCCACGAGCUUAGAUACGUACACCGAGACAUAAAGCCAGACAACGUAUUAUUAGACGCAAGUGGACACAUCAGACUUGCUGACUUCGGAUCUUGUUUGCGGCUUGGAGACGACGGAAAGGUACAAAGUAACGUUGCUGUGGGUACACCAGAUUACAUAUCUCCAGAGAUAUUACGGGCGAUGGAAGACGGACAAGGAAGAUACGGACCUGAAUGCGACUGGUGGUCUUUAGGUGUAUGCAUGUACGAGAUGUUAUUCGGCGAAACACCGUUCUACGCCGAGUCUUUGGUCGAAACGUACGGCAAGAUCAUGAACCACGCGCGAUCCUUCCAUUGUCCACCGCCAGACGAACAUGCAGCACAGGUUUCAGAAGAGGCGAAAGAUCUUAUCCGCAGGCUUAUAUGUGCGUCAGAAAAUAGGUUAGGCAGAAGUGGAUUACAGGAUUUUAAGAAUCACUCAUGGUUUGCUGGACUUGAUUGGGACAAUCUGCGGGAGAUGCAAGCACCAUUUGUUCCUGAUGUUUCCAGUCCCACCGAUACCUCUAAUUUCGAUGUCGACGACACAGACAUCAGACUGUCAGAAGCCGUCCCCCCACCUUCAGCAUCAUCAGCAUUCUCUGGUCUACAUCUACCAUUCAUUGGAUUCACUUUCACAGCGGGGUCUAGACUUUCGGAUCUGGGUGCCCCCACCAGCCCGCUUAGUCCAGCCAAGAAUGCACCUAGUCAGGCGCCGUCGAACGUGGGCGUGGGCACGGCGGUGAAGGCGCUGGAGCGUGAGAACGCGCUGCUCGCGCAGACCAUCGCCGAUCUACGCGCUGGCGGCGCCGGCCUUGACCUGCGCACCGAGGAAUUAAUUCAACUGAAAGAAGAAUUGUCAACAAUUUCAAAAAGAAACGCGGAACUAGAAGCUCAAGUUAGAUGUUACGAUCAACUAAAUAGUGGCGUUAAUACACAGGAAAUGCCAACGACACAACAGGAGAUGGUGGCUCGUAUUCGCGAGCUGGAGGUACUCGUUCAAUCACUGAACCUCGAGAAGGAGGAAAUAGUUAAAGACAGAGCUGACACUGUGGAAAAAUUGAGGCUACAGGAUAAAGAACUUAAGGACGCGUUAGCACAACGCAAGUUUGCAAUGGCGGAAUACAAUGAAGUCACUGAACGGUUAUCUGAACUCAGACAACAGAAGCAGAAAUUAUCGCGACAGGUUCGUGACAAAGAAGAAGAGUUAGAAGUGGCGAUGCAGAAGAUAGACGCAUUACGGCAGGACAUCCGACGGGCGGAGAAGGGACGGCGGGAAUUGGAGGCGAGAUUGGACACCGCUAUAUCUGAAGCCACUAAGGAGAGGAAGCUGCGCGAGGACAGCGUGCGCGCGUCGCGCGGCGAGGGGGGCGCGCCGCCCGGCGCCGCCGCCGACGUGGCGCGCCUGCAGGCUGAGGUCGACGCGCUCGAGUUGCAGUACAAAGAAUCUCUGGCCCAACAGCAAGCUCGUUUCACAGCGGAACUGGCCGCACUCAAUGACCAACUGCAAGAGGGUGACGCCAUGCGAAAUGUACUCAACAGAGAGUUACAAACGUCCAAAGAGAAACUAGAAUGUCGUCGCCUCGAGCAGCUGUCUGACACUGAAGACAGACAGAUGCUGAUCAACGAGAACAGGAAACUGGCGAAGGACCUCGACGCAGUUAAUAGCAAAUUAGCCGAAAACGGUAGGAGAUGGCAGGCUGAAAGGCGGCAAAUGGAGAUUGAAUUGGAAGAGCUUAGGGCUAAGAGAGACACCAUGCAGCAUUGGGAGACACAGAUUGCGGAUAUCAUUCGAUGGGUGACUGACGAAAAAGAGGCUCGUGGCUAUUUACAGGCGUUGGCCACGAAGAUGACCGAGGAGCUGGAGUAUCUCAAACACGCAAGCGCAUCCCGGUCGUCGCUGGUGGCGUCAUCCCCUCCGUCGGGCGGGCCGGGCGGGCCGGCGGGCGCGGCGGGCCUGUCGGUGCCGGACGGGCGCGGCGGGCCGCCGGGCGCGCCGGGCGGCUGGCGCAACCGCCGCUCGCAGAAGCUCGACAAGAUGGAGAUCCUCACGCUGCAGUCCUCGCUGCACUCCGAGAUACAGGCCAAGCAGGCGGUCGGGGAGGAACUCAGUCGGACGCGCGCCGAACUCUUGGCUAGUCAAAGAGAGUUGCUGGAAACCCGACAGCGCUUGGAUUCCCUGGCGCACGACAUGAAGCGCAAAGAACAACACAUACGCGACAUGCAAGCGAGACUCGAUGCGCCUCACCAACCUGGCAACUCCUUCCUGGACCGACCGCCAUCGCAGAUGAGCUACUUAGACCAAUUCCUGAAGGAAGCUCCGACGGAGCGACACUACGAUAACGUCGCUUCUAUAAAUGAACAGAAGCUCAUGUACGGCUCCCAACAAUCGGCCGCGUUAAGUGGUUCAGUGGAAUUACAAGACGAAUUGGAGCCGAGACCAGCUUCGCCUGCGUCCAGCAAAAGUUCACCCAGCGAGAUGUCUACUGACCCGUCCUUAGGCCCCACGGUGCCGGGCAAACCAAAGGUGCACCAGUUCUUAGUAAGGACUUUCAGUAGUCCCACUAAGUGUAACCAUUGUACUUCCCUUAUGAUCGGGCUGACGCGGCAGGGCGUGGUGUGCGAGACGUGCGGGCUGGCCGUGCACACGUGGUGCUGCGCGCGCGUGGCGCCGCGCUGUCCGCUGCCCGCCGAGCGCACGCGCCGCCCGCUCGGCAUCGACCCCGCGCGCGGGCAGGGCACGGCCUACGAGGGCUACGUCAAGGUACCUAAACCAGGCGGUGUGAAAAAAGGCUGGAUGAGACAAUUCGUCGUGGUGUGUGACUUCAAAUUGUUUCUAUACGACAUAUCUCAGGAUAGGAACGCAUUACCGUCUGUUUGUGUCAGUCAAGUGUUAGACAUGCGGGAUUCAGAUUUUAGCGUGACCUCCGUGAAAGACUCCGACGUCAUACACGCGAGCAAACGUGACAUACCUUGUAUAUUUAGGAUAUCAACUUCACAAUUAGAAGGUGGCAAAAGAUCUCACACGCUUAUGUUAGCUGAAUCUGAAUCGGAGAAGACUAAAUGGGUGGUCGCGUUAAGUGAACUACACAGGAUACUCAAGCGAAAUAAUCUGCCGGACAAAUGUGUGUACAGCGCGUGCGUGCUGAUGGACGCGACGGCGGCGGGCGCGGUGCGCAACGCGCUGUGCGCGGUGGUGCUGGAGCGCGCGCGCGUGUGCGUGGGCGGCGACGCGGGGCUGGCGCUCGUGGACCUGGAGCGCGCCGAGCUCACGCCGCGCCGCGCGCACGCGCCCGUCGCCACCAUCGCCUACGUGCCCAGCGAGCAGCUGCUGGUGGUGAUAGCGGGGCGCGGGCGGCACGUGCGGCUCGUGCCCAUCCGCGCGCUGGAGUGCGCCGACGUGGAGUGCGUGAAGCUGGCCGAGACCAAGGGCGCGCUCGCGCUCGCCGCCGGCCCGCUCUCGCACAACGCGCACGGGUUCGCCGUGCUCUGCAAGAGACAGAACGCGUACGUGGUGAACGUGUACGAGAUCACCCGCACGGCGGCGCGGCGCGUGCGCGUGGCGGAGCUGCGCGCGUGCGGCGCCGUGUGCUCGGUGCAGCUGAGCGCGGCGCGGCUGGUGCUGGGCUACCGCGGGGGCUUCGCCGCGCACGCGCUGCCCGACCCGCGCCGCCCGCACCACGACCAGCCCGCCGUCUCAUUGGUGCAUCCGGAGAACCAAGUGAACGUAUUUCUAUCCCACUCUGGAGCCCGUCCGUUGGGCUGUGCGCCGGUGCCGAACGGCGGCGACACGCUGCUGGUGUUCAACUCGCUCGCGCUCUACGUGGACAGAAACGGACACCGAGCGAGGGACACGGAACUCAUGUACACCGCCCAUCCCUUACAUCAUGCAAUCAACGAGACGCAUUUGUUAAUAUUCACGGCGACACACAUCGACGUGUACGACAUAGAGACUGGCGACUGGGUACAAACUAUGAAUAUACCGAACGCGCGGCCGCUGGACGAGUGCGGGUGGGUGUGCUACGUGGGCGGCGGCGGCGGCAACGGCUUCCCCUUCUCCAGCGACGCCGCGCCCUACCUCGUCUACCUGCGUCCGCUGCUCUCGCAUCCCCGCGCUCAAGACCCUCCCCUGCUGCUGGAUCCAUCGCUGUGGAGCAGCAAGCGUCGCUUCUCGCUACGCGAGCAGUCGCACCAGGCCAUCGACGCGCACAACAGGCUUUCAGAGCGUCGUUCCCAUUUGAUAUCGGCGCCAACGAAUUUCGCCCACCUGUCGCACAUGGGCCCCGGCGACGGCAUCCGCUCGCAGCGCCUCCUCGACCUGCCCACCACCGUCGAGACGGCCGACGACCUGGCGCAGAUGUACAGCAGUCGAGAGAGCAGUAAACGAACGUCACCGUUGACGAUAUCACACGGAACAGGAUCCUAUAACGGUUCAUGGCGUAGCGGAGGUCGAACGCGUGAACCAACUGAUGCACCGCCCUCACCUCCGUUGUCACACCAUAGGCCGAUGGAUAGAUCAAUAGGCGGCGGGUCUCAAGGCAGCGGGUCGCUGCUUCUGGAACGUUCCAUCACUCCGCUCAGCCUCGGCAGUAUGAGCUCCUUACACGAUGUACUUAAGGUCGGCACGGACAUGGGCGACGGGCUGCACUCCGAGGACAGCAGCUGCGGACCCUCGCCGCCGCACCCCGCUGAUCCCUGA